AUGUUCCGCAUGACUUUGUAUAUAAAGGCAACGAACAUGUGGAAAAAGCUCAAAAAAACAAGGGUUUACUUUACUAUUCUAAGUCCUCUACUUCUGGUUUGGAAUCACUAAUUUCUUGGUCUCACUUUCGCUUGGCCUAUCACCCGAGAGUUCUCUGCAGAAACUUCACAGCCGUCCUCUGCUCUUUCACCAACCAUUGUAUGCCUGGUUUUACUAGGGCUAGGAAGAUGAGCAUGUCCGGAGAAGAAGAGGGUGACCUGCGAAGGGGGCCAUGGACUCGCGAGGAAGACAAUUUGCUCAUUCACUCGAUCACAUGCCACGGCGAGGGACGCUGGAAUAUGUUGGCGAAGAGCGCAGGAUUGAAGAGAACUGGCAAAAGCUGCAGAUUAAGGUGGCUGAAUUACCUGAGACCCGACAUCAAGCGCGGGAAUCUCACCCCGCAGGAACAGCUCAUGAUCCUUGAACUUCACCACAAAUGGGGCAACAGGUGGUCGAAAAUCGCGCAGUAUCUCCCAGGAAGGACAGAUAACGAGAUCAAGAACUACUGGAGGACGCGGGUGCAGAAGCAAGCGCGCCAGCUCAACAUCGAAUCCGACAGCGAGAGGUUUCUCGAUGCGGUCCGCCAUAUCUGGAUGCCCCGGCUGCUCCAGAAAAUGGAGCAAGCUUCGUCCUCUGAUCAAACAACCAGGACUUCUGAUAUGAGCAUGAAUUGUUCUGUUUCUGCCUCUCCAGUACAUUAUCCUCCCUCCACAUCCUCACCCAGCAAAUUGACCCAGAACUCGAAUUCUUCGAUGGAGGUCUCGAGUUAUACGAUGGCUGAUGCAGAUAUUUCUCCGAAUUUCCCGAUAACGGGACAGACACCUGAAAUUCCUGAAGCAUUCUCAAAUGCAGAUGUAGUAGGCUUUGGCAACAGUACUGCGUACAACCCUUUGCUUGCGGGCGACGGUUACUUCGGGGACGGCACCAGCUAUGAUGUGAACGACUAUGCCACCAUGUCAGCACUGAGCGCUUGCAACGGGUUUCCAUUGCAGGGCCACGUGGAAGGAGGCAACUGGGCGGUCGAUGACGUGGCGGAUGCUUGUUGGACAGUCGAUGACAUAUGGAAGUUUAGAGACUAAUGCAGGGCUGGAGGAUAGUCUAGUUAUUUAUGCGUAGACCAAUCCCAAGAUCUUUUCAACUGGGUCUAAAAUUUUUACUUAUUGAUUCGUCAUAAGCUUCUUCUGUGACA